AUGGCCAGAAACGGGCUCAUAGCUCUUGAUAAGUCCUUCUCCAAAGUCCACCUGUCCUCGUCUGGUGCCCAGUUUGAUCUGGCCUCCACCAUCCGGACCUUGCUUUGCCACCUUCCCCUCCAAGUUCACCUGCGCCAUGUUAAAGGACACCUGGACAAGCACCGGCCUUUCUCCCAACUGGACUGGUGGGAGCAGCGCAAUGUUGAAGUGGACUCCAAAGCACAAGCCUACCGCCGCCUGCUGGAGUCUACAGGCUGUUCUGCCGCCUCCAACCCCCGCUUCUUCCAUGAACCGGUGUCUUUAUUCAUUGAUGGUGUUAAGUCCUCUAAACUGGAUCAGGCUCACAUCAUGGAGCUGGUCUCUCUUCCUGCCCUUCGAGCAUAUUGGUCCUCCAAGGACCGCCUCUCCGAGCAGUCCAUCCGCAAGGUCAAUUGGUUAUCUCUUGCACGUGCCAUGAAGGCCCUCCCAGCAAAUCUCCAACGCUGGACACCCAAACAUAUCUCCGGUAUGACAGGUGUGGGAAAAUUCUUGGCCAUUUGGAACCGUUCGGCAAAGAGUUCCUGCCCCAGAUGCUCCUCCUGCCCCGUGGAAGAUCACCUCCAUACCGCAGCUGCAGAAUGGUCAAAACGCCAUCUGGCCCUCCGGACCUGGAUGCAGACUCAGCAGACUGCCCCAGAGAUCGAAGCCUUCCCUUUUGAAUACCUGAAGACAGUCCGUCAGCCUUCCUUGGGCGUCCCCACCGUCUGA